UGGGGUCCAAUUGCAAACUGGGGUCUCCCGAUAGCUGCCAUCGCAGAUAUGAAGAAGAGCCCUGAGAUCAUCAGUGGAAGGAUGACCUUUGCUCUGUGUUGCUACUCGCUGCUCUUCAUGCGUUUUGCCUACAAGGUGCAGCCACGCAACUGGCUGCUGUUUGCUUGCCAUGUGACCAACGAGUCCGCCCAGCUAAUUCAGGCAGGCCGUCUCAUAAAGUACAAGUAA